AUGGCAUCUGCGUUCCAGGAACAGUGUUGUAGUAUAUGUGAACUGCAGCAUAUUACAAACAAAGCAGACGAAUGGUGCCCUGAGUGUGACGAGUAUCUAUGUUCGAACUGUAAAACUCAUCAUAAACUAGCAAAAUCCAGCAAGAGACACAAAACCGUUGAAAUAUCAGAUUUGAAAGAAUUGCCGUCGUUUGUUCUUGCGAUAAAACUUGAAUGCGAUACUCACCACGAAAACUACGAGUACUAUUGUCUUAAACAUGAGAUACCUAUUUGUGUCAUAUGUGCCAAAGAACAUACAAGUUGUGGAACUUUCACAAUACUGCGCAAAUUAGAAGACAUGAGAACUUCAUCAAGUAUGAUAAAGCUUGAGCAAAAUGUCAAAGAUAUACAGCAAAAUUUAGAGAUGUUUUUACAAAAUCGGCGGUCAAACCUUUCGAAUCUUAAAGAUCAGCAUGAGAGUUGCAGAAAAAAUGUAAAAGAAAUUAGACUCAAAAUCAACCAGCAUCUUGACAAACUUGAGAAGACUGUCAUUGACGAAAUAGAUACUUCUUACACGAAACAAAAAUCACAAGUUGAACUAAUUGUCCACGAUUUGAGCGAACGAGAAACAAAGAUGAACACAAUUCAAAAUCACAUUGAGAAAAUUAAAGACCAUGCAUUCGAAAUCCAAACCUUUCUAAACAUUCAGACCUUCCAAAAAGAUGUAAAAGAGCAAGAAAACCAAUUGAUUGCAAUAGGACAGGAUGAGUUAAAAGAGAUAGAACUAUCAUUUCUUCCAGCUUUAAGUUGUACGUCUUGCACUAUUCUUGAAUCGUUUGGAGAAUUGAAGACGCAUACCAAACAGGUUGGUGUAAGGUUUGUCAAGCAAGAAGAAUCAGAAGCCCAAAUUAUUAUGCCAGAAUCAAAUAAAAAAGAUAUUUAUCAGAUUUCCCUUGCAAAGAGAGUUGACGCCACAGUUUCGACUUAUUUGGGAGAUGUAGAUAUGGGAGGCUGUUAUAGUAUGGAUGAAGGGUUAUAUCUCCUGACUGAUAGAAGUACAAAGUGUCGCAUUUUAGUGUUAGAAUCAGAUGGCUCUUUGAAGUGUGAAAUCCCCUUGAAACAUACACCAAGUUCUGUCGCCAAUGUCAACAAGACCAUAUUUGUGUCAAGUUAUUCUUCUCAGACAUUAACAAGUAUAGAUUUUGACACGAAACGGAUAAAAAAGAUUAUUGAAAUUGAACACAAAUGUGAUGCCUUAGCAGUUGCUGAAAAAACAGUCUUUGUAAAAUGA